AUGGCGACCGACACGCUUAGCUUGAAUGUGAGCCUCCCAAGUGGUCUUUGCAAAGCGGUGGAAGUGCCAAAGAGCUCCAAGGUUCUGGACCUGAAGCUGGCGGUUCAGAAGUCCAUUGGUCAGCACUUUCUGCGACUGAUCAGUGCUGACGGUCGACUUUUGAAAUUGACCGAAACUUUGGAAGAGCUUGGAAUCCAAGACGGAGAGCAUCUGACUGCCCUGGUGCAACCCGUGGAAGUGGCCGCCACCGACCGGGCCUUCGCCCUCUGGUGCCGCGGCUCUGGUGAUCUUUACGUCGCCAGCACCUUUUUCUUUCAGAAGCUCACGGCGGGUGGCGUGGAGAACGGAGAAGCCGGCUGGCAGAACGUCCGGAGGUGGACACGGUCUCUACCACAUGGCCUUUUGGGGCAAAGGUUCGUGAUCUUACCCAUCAACGAGCAGAACAUUCACUGGUGGCUGGCAGUGGUGUGCCAUGCACGGUAUGCCAUAGAGCCCGAAGCUGAUGGUGCAAGCUUUCCGCUGGGGAAGACGCCCCGGAUCGUCUGCCUUGACUCAGCGCAAGAGCCGCUUUUGAAGCACCGUGCCGUGGCCUUCCUCCGAGGGUACCUCUGGAAGGAAUGGUGCGAGCGUCAUCCGAGCGCAACGCCUGAGGAGCCUGAUAAGGUCAAUGAGUUGAUCAACUUGAAGGCCAUUGCUGCGGAGGUGCCUAAGCAAGCGAAUGGUUUCGACUGUGGGAUCUUCAUCAUUGAGUAUCUCUUGCAUCUUCUUCAAUCUAAGUCGGCCUUAGCAGGCCUAGGCUUAGCUCGGCACAAGCACUGGUUCGGACAAAAGUCUGUGACCUUCCGGCGCAAGCGGCUGAAGUGGAUCGCGCAAUUGCUCCAACAUCAUGCGGAGCGCUUCGAGGAGACAGAUGUGGGCCGCCUGCUACAGGAGCCGAAGCUCAAGAAGUCGGUGGCUCAAGCUUUGACGGAAGUGCCUGAUAGGAAGGAGGCCGAAAGAUUCCAAAAAGCAGUGGAUGCCCUUCGCUCGGGCAAAGAGGUGGACUACACGAAGAUCAGAAAGGAAGUUGGGCCCGAGCCGCCUGAAGAGAGCCCCAAAAAGACGCCCAAGCUGAAGCGUGGAGCUCCAAAAGCAGGAGCGAAGGGCCGUGCCACAAAGCCCAAAGUGCAUCACCGGCCUGCCUAA